GCGGGAUAUAUUUAGUAUAAUUGUAGCAGUAGUAGUACAAUGUGAGCAUUGCUUCCCGUUUCUCGGUCUCCAUCGAGCAUACCGAUUCUACAGAAUAUUCCCCUUUGGAUCUGCGCUACUGUUUACGGCUAUGGCGACCGAGAAAACCGGAGGCAGCCCCUCAGUGCACCGCGACGCCGAGACCGGAGCUGAUCGCCGCAUUGCGGAUGGACAAGAUGUUGCCAUCGCCAUGGUGGGCGAGUCACCGCACACGAUCGAUCCUACCGUGACCGCGCGUGCCGUCCGCAAGAUCGACUGGUUUCUCAUCCCCGCUAUGAUAUUCGGCUAUGGCAUCGUCUAUUACGACAAGGCGAUUCUUGGCUCGGCGGUGCUCUUCGGCAUGACGGGCGACCUCGGGCUCUCGGUGGUGGACAACUCGACGGUGCCGCCCACGACGGACACGUCGCGGCUCAGCUGGGCGACGUCGCUGUUCUACUUCGGCAUGCUGGCGGGGCUCUACCCGAUGACCUACGCGCUGCAGCGGUUCGACGUCGGGCGGAUGCUGGGGGGCGUGGUCAUCGUGUGGGCGGCCGUGUGCAUGUCCACGGCGGCGGUGACGGACCACCGCGGCCUGUACGCGCAGCGCUUCUUCCUCGGCUUCGUCGAGAGCAUCAUCCCCACGGGGUUCAUGUGCAUCAUCACGGGCUACUACACGCAGCUGGAGCAGUCGCUGCGCCAGAGCUGGUGGUUCAGCAGCACGGGGCUCUUCACCAUCAUCGGCGGCGCCCUCAACUACGGCUUCGCCCAGAUCACCGGCGGCAGCCUCCAGCGGUGGCAGUACAUCUACCUCCUGGCCGGCUGCCUGACCUUCCUGUUCGGCCUGUUCUGCUUCGCCAUGCCGAGCUCGCCCGUCUCGGCCUGGUUCCUGACCGAGGAGGAGCGCUUCGCCGCCGUCGAGCGCCUGAGGUACGGCCAGACGGGCGUGCGCUGCACCAAGUUCAAGAUCUCGCAGGUGAAGGAGGCGGUCCUGGACAUCAAGGUCUGGCUCGUCGCCCUGAUGAUGGCCCGCAGCUACACCAUGAACGGCGCAGUCAGCGGCUUCGGCCCCCUAAUCGUGUCCACCUUCGGCUGGUCGACGCUCGAGUCGAUCCUCUUCCAGUUCCCGCUCGGCGGGCUGUGCUUCAUCGUGAUCCUGGCGACGGGCUACCUCGGCAGCCGGAUCCCCAACAUCCGCAUCAUCAUGCUGGUGGCGUGCUGUCUGCCGGUCAUGGCCGGGUGCGCCAUCAUCUGGAAGUCGGCGUGGACGCGGCACGCGGCGGCCCCCGUGAUCGGCUACUCGAUCACGGGCACGUUCGGCGGCGUCGUCAGCCUCGUCAUCACGGUCGGCAUGUCCAACGUGGCGGGCCACACCAAGAAGAGCUUCAUGGCCGCCACCAUCUUCGUCGCCUACUGCGUCGGCAACAUCGUCGGCCCCCAGCUGGUCCGCAGCCAGUCCAAGGCCCAGCACUACCCGGAGCUGUGGCUCGGCCUCAUCAUCUGCUACGUCAUCUGCAUCGCCGCGUCCGUCGCGCUGUACUACGUCCUGUGGAGAGAAAACAAGAGGCGGGACGCCGUGCCCGGCGACGAGGAGGAGCGCGCGAAGCUGGCCUUUAUGGACUUGACGGACAAGGAGAACCCCUACUUCCGCUAUGUUAUGUGAGGUAGAUGGAUGGAGGACUUGGACCUCUAAUACUGUGAUAGGAUACCUGGGGGCAUAUAUGACGUACUGGUCUUCCUUUGCAGCGAUACCCAACUCUUGAUCGGGUAUCUUGACUCUUUUCUGGCUGUCAUCUACGCGAGGCUUUCUUCUAGCAUAUUUAGUCGUGUUCUCAAACAGGAGCAUAAGAGGAUCAUACCCAAAGCAUCAAUUAUUACGCUUAGCC